AUGAGCCGCCAGCUCAUCUCUUCCCGAGCAGGGGAGCAGGGGGGAGCUGCGUUGGUGCCGCUUUUGGUUUUGCUUUCUGCAGCCGCGGCUCUCGGGAACGGACAGAUCGCCCGGGCGCUGCCUGUUGGGUUCUCCCACUACAGUCCACAAGCUUUAUUCACUGUCGAAGCUCCUCGGUCACUCUACACUGUGGAACAUGGGAACAAUGUGACCAUGGAAUGCACAUUUCCAGUGAAUGGGAAAUUAAAGUUUAGAGAUUUAAAUGUCAGGUGGGAGAAGAAGGAUGAGUUAAAGAAGCAGGUUUAUUUACUUCUCAAAGGAGAGGAAGACUUUGAAAGUCAGCACAGUGACUUUAAGGGGAGAAUAAAAUUGUUGAAAGAGAAUCUGAGCUUGGGACAGUCUCUCCUUCAAAUCAGUGACGUGAAGCUCAGAGAUGCAGGGUUUUACCGCUGUAUUAUUGGCUACGGGGGAGCUGACUACAAGACAAUCCAUCUGAAAGUUAACGCUCCUUACAGAACUAUAACCAAAAGAGUGGUGUGUGGAGGGCACAAUGAAUGGACGUUGACAUGCCAGUCAGAAGGAUAUCCACAAGCUGAAGUGAUAUGGCAAAACAAAGAUUACGAAGAUUUGACUGAUAAGGCAAAUACAAGUAGUGAAAUUGGAAGUGACCAGUUGUAUAAUGUGACAAGUACCCUUACAAUCAAAAGUAGAAUUGAUGAGAUUUUUUACUGUAUAUUCUGGAAUAAAGAGCUGCAAGAAAACACAUCUGCCAUUUUACACAUAGCCGCUAGAGCAAAUAAGGACAACAGAACACCUGUGGCAAGUUCAUCAAUAGCAAAGCUAUCAAAAGACGAGGAUAGACAUCACCGCAGAGAUGCUUCUAUUGAAGACAGAGAGCUGAAAUAUAUGCAAAUUGAGAAGACCUAG